UUUUUGAUAUGACGUUAUGUACAAAAUAAAAUCCAAUGCAAAAUUAAAUACACAGAACUUCAGCUAAGCUGUGCUACAACUCGAUCGGGAAAUCCAGUUGUUUUGCUGAUAUCGUGAAGAUAUACUGUUGAAAAUAUAUACUUUGAAGAAUUUUAGUACUUUUGUUUUGUUAUCAUGAAUCGUUUGUUUGGAUCAAGUAAACCAAAGGCACCGCCACCUAAUCUGUCAAACUGCAUUGAAAAUGUUGACAGCCGUUCGGAAUCAAUUGAAAAGAAAAUCUCAAAACUUGACAAUGAGUUGAAGAAGUACAAAGAUCAGAUGAAGAAGAUGCGAGAAGGUCCAGCUAAGAAUAUGGUGAAACAAAAGGCUAUGAGGAUUCUGAAACAGAAGAAAAUGUAUGAGAACCAGAGUGAUAAUCUAAGGCAGCAGUCGUUCAACAUGGAGCAAGCCAACUUUGCAACCCAGACACUGAAGGAUACCAAGACAACUGUGGAUGCCAUGAAGCUUGGUAUUAAGGAGAUGAAGAAGGAGUACAAGAAAGUUAACUUGGAUCAGAUCGAGGAUCUUCAAGAUGACAUGUCCGAUAUGUUAGAACAAGCUGAUGAGGUACAAGAGAUCAUGGGAAGAAGUUACGGUAUGCCUGAGAUGGACGAGGCCGAUCUAGAAGCAGAACUUGACGCUCUCGGUGAUGACUUUUUAAUGGAUGAAGACACAUCGUACCUGGAUGAAGCUAUCACUGCCCCAUCGGCUCCAGAAACAAAUCCGGGUGCUGAAUCAAUACAGGACGGCGUUCCUGUGGAUGAGUUUGGUCUGCCACAGCUUCCAUCUUCGUGAAUGGACACAACAUGAGCAACUUCUAGAUUAUAUAUCAAUUAUUAAAUCAAUUGAUAUCAGCGUCAUCACAUUGAGAGAACUUAACAAAUUUGUAUAAUCGAUAUAAAACUUAUUGUAAAUAUCAAUAGUUUUGCUAAGUACAAUUUUUAUUUAACAAAUGUAAAGAAACGGCAAAAUUGUUAAAAUUCUUUACAAAUUUUAAGGUUGUUCGGUUGUUUAACCCCUUUGGUGCACAAAGUGGUCGCUAGCGACCGCCCAAAACAUGUCAAAUUUGACUUUUAUAAACAGUCAUAACUUAAAAACUACACCCCCCAUAUAUACCGCCCUCAUUCGGUUGUUUAGAGCGAUUGUUGAGCUUUCGUAAGGUGUGACGUCAAGAGGGGGUGCUAUUAAAAAAAAUUGAUAAAAACGCGGUUGAAUGUGUUUGUUUUUUAUUUGUUUAAUUUGUGCACCAAAGGGUUAAUUUGCGUAGUGUAUAAUAUGGUCUUGUGACAGAAUGAAUAGAGUUCAUGUAUUGUUUCUUUUUCACCUUCUUUAUCAAGUGAAGACAAACUCGCUCAAAACUUCAUGAUCUUUGCAACUUAUUUAUUUUAGCUGAUGUCACUUUGUCCUUGAAGUUAGGGUCAUAGAUUUGUAAAUACCCAACCAUUAAUGGCCAUACAAACUUACUGGGUGAUGAGCACUGCAGCUGUUGAUACUUAAAACUAUUCCGAGAUAGGAUUCCGUUUGAAGUAAUAGGGUUUGGUUAAAUUUUCACCCUGAAACAUUUAAAUAUGACAAACGAAUCGUUGAGGGUUGACUGAAAAUUCAAAUUUCCACGAUGUCCAUUCAUUAAUGCUGGGACCAGAGAUAAUAAUAAUGACGUCUUCUAUAGUGCCGGUAUCCACAAAAAGUGCUCAUGGCGCUUGCUCCAAUAAUAUUCCCCCUUGGUUGUUCUCCAGCAGUGCAAAGAACAAGAACAAACUCCAAUGUCUAGUGAAUGUUACUGAAAUGCGGUUGGUACCCACUGUCACCUUGCUAAACACUGAUGGAUUUGACUUUCUCAUUGAAAAUAUUUGACGUUUCUUUUGCUGUUUUUUUUUUCUUCAAAAAGUAGACCUGGUAUUCAGCUGCAACUUAUCAGGUGAUUAUUAUUGUAUCUUUGUGCCUGCAUGUCUAUAAAGAAAACAAAUCUAUAAAUUGAUUCAAUUAUUUGUAAGGGGGAAAAAAACGCUGGUUGAAAUCCUUGUGACAAAAGCAAGUAACAAUUUUCAUACAUUUGGGACGUCUCUUCAAUACUCUCAAUCAUUGUCCGUUUCCGAAUUGGUGGCUAUAAGUAAGACUGUAUAAGGUUUUCCUACUUUUUUUCCCUUCAAGUGCCAAAUACCAUGAAUCUGAUAAACAAAUCGUUAACUUCGUUAAAGGAACACGUUGCCUUGGAUCGGACGAGUUGGUCUAUGAAAAGCGUUUGAAACCGUUAUGAAAU